CACUCGGGGCGGAGGGAGGCCGGCCCCCGGUUUCUCCUUUGUGCCCGGCCCCCGGCGGCCGCCGCGCCGGCUCCGCGGGAAUAAUGCGGGGCGUGUGGCUGGUGCUCACCGUCAGCUUCGUGGCCUGCGCCUCCGGGCAGCCGAGAGCAGAUUUGACCUCUGAUAAAGAUUUAUACCUUGACAACAGCUCUGUUGAAGAAGCAUCAGGCGUCUAUCCAAUUGAUGAUGAUGAUUAUUCUUCUGGGUCAGGUUCAGGUGCCGAGGAAGAUGAGGAUAGUGCAGUGAUAACAACAUCCAGAACAGUUCCAAAGUUACCAACAACUAGUGAUGCAUCCAGGGCCGAGACCACCACAGUGAAAAUGCAGACCAAGGUGCCUGCACAAACAAAGUCACCUGAAGAAAUUGAUAAAGAGGAAAGGCCUGAGGUGGAUGCCAAGAAAAAGAGCGAUGAGCCAGGGGAUGACACGGACGUGUUCACUCAGAAGCAUUCAGAAAACCUCUUCCAGAGAACAGAAGUUCUGGCAGCUGUUAUUGCUGGCGGAGUUAUUGGUUUUCUUUUUGCAAUCUUCCUUAUCCUGCUGCUGGUGUAUCGCAUGAGAAAGAAGGAUGAAGGCAGUUACGACCUUGGUGAACGUAAACCAUCCUGUGCUGCCUAUCAAAAGGCACCAACUAAGGAGUUUUAUGCAUAAAAUUCCUAUUUAGUGUCUCUAUUUAUGAGAUCACUGAACUUUUUUAAAUAAAGCUUUUGCAUAGAAUAAUGAAGUUUUUUUUUCAUUAAAGAGCCGUUAUGGCACCUUUAUGAUAAAACCCCAUUGUAUUUAAAACUUUUCACAUAUUCGUUUAAAAAUGUAAAAUUAAAACUUAACAUUUGCAGUGUUCUGUGAAUAACAGUGGCAAAGCAUUAUUUUAUAAAACCAUUGAUGUUCACUGAAUGAUUUUUAAAACUUUAUGCAUAAAUAUAAAAUAAUGAAAGUUAUUGUUUUAUCCUAUGGUUCAAUUAAAGUUGUUUAAUUUUGGUCAGCAUGUCUCAGAUUGAUCUUACAAGUUAGUUUUUAUUUCAUUAAUUUAUCUGUUUCCAAAAAAUGCCUUUUUGUAGUUGUCAUGGUGCAAUUUGUCUUCAGAUAAUUCAGAUAACAGUAACUUUUAGUGUAAAUGUAAUUUUUCAGCUAUGUAAACUUCAACCUCCACUUUGUAUAAAUUUAAGUGUCAGAAUAUCAAUUUUACACUUUGCAUUGUUUCUCAGCGUACCUGUAGCUUCAGUGAGAUUUGUAACAGCAAUUAAUGUGUAAAAUUGGAUUAUUACUACAAACUGUAUAGUCACAUUCUUACUAAACAAAUCUCCUGUAAGGAAGAUUUGUAGUAAGCUACUGACGAACCUAAGCAAACCCAAAGACUCUAACAGUAUUUUGAGAAGUUGCUGCAGAUUUCUAUGGCCACUGUAUUUGUUAAUUAUUUGCAAUUUGAAGGUACAAGUAGAGGUUUAAAUUUUUGUUCUUUAAAAAUGCAUUUAAGUUGUACACGUCUUUAAAGCCUUUGAAGUGCCUAUGAUUAUAUGUGACUUGUUGCAGACUGGUGUUAAUGAGUAUAUAACAGUAAAAGAAAAUGUUGGUAUUUUAUAAGCACAGACAAUUCUAAUGGUAACUUUUGUAGUCUUACAUGGAUAGACAUAAUUGUAAUUUGGGAACAUAAACACUACUGAAUAAAUCAUGUGGCCUAAUACUGAGAA